UUUUUCCUUUCUGGUUGCGGGGGUAACCGGCUCUGGGCGUGGCUCUGGCUCCGGUGAUUUUUAAGGAUACCGCUCACGCGGGUUUCUCAGUACAGACUGCCGGUCGCUGCAUGGCAACAGGCGCGAGGGAUUCCCCCGUACGCCGCCUCCCCGUCUUCACGUCUAUAAAGUGUUUUUGCGUUUAAAGUCAGUCCGUUUGUCGCGCGCCCAUCAGCGGCAGCAUGUACUGGAAUUCAGAAUAACGCGCGAGGCGGAGCGGAAACUUUAAACGCGGGGAUAUUUGACCGAAAAGCCAGUGCAGAGCCACCAAGAGGACACCACCACAUACAGAUUCUUAUUGAUGAGGCAGCCUCCCAAUGACGUCGAGAUGGCAUUAGGUGGGACCCUGCUACCAUCCAUAUCCACAUUUACCAGCGGCCCAACAAUCAAGAGCAAAGCCGUAGGAAGUGCCAAUCUAAGAUGGAAGGAGGAGUUGUCCCAUCUUAAGAGAACCAGUGUGCCAACUGGAAGCAGCUGCCCUGACCCUGACCAUCCCACUGCCACCAGCACAAGCCCCAGCAUGUCCAAAAAACACACAGAGCCAGACCUGGACUUAGACUAUGACUUUAUCCUGUCGAACUCUAUUCUACAGCAGCAACAGCAACAGCAACAACAGCUGCAGCAGCAGCAGCAGCAGCAGCAGCAGCAGCAGCAGCAGCAGGAGGAGGCCAUGGCAUGCAGCUCUGCCCAGGCCUUGUCUCCCUCCUCGGGCUCCUUUUCCUCAUCUUACCCUCUCCCUUCCCCUCAGGGUGCUGCUAGUGAGCUCCUCUACACCAUCCCAGACAUCAGUGACGUCUCCCCCUCUGGAGGCUUUGUGGCAGAGCUCAUGAGACCAGAACUGGACCCUGCUUACCUCCAUCCAACCAGCCUCCAUGGCAAAUUUGUGGUCAAGACAACAAUGGACUUGGGAGAGUAUAGCCAAGGCGUGAAUGUAAGCAAAGCCUGUGUUAACUCUCCGUCAGAUCCCACUCCUUCCCGUGCCUCGCCGCCUUUUACAUGCCCCAGGAUAAAGCAGGAGAACCCCAGUAACUGCACCAUCUCGCAGCCCAUAGACCUACACCUGGCUGGGGUGAACUCCCAAGGCCGUGGGAGCGCACAGCAGCAGCGCCCAAGCCAUUUAGACCUUCAUGGCUUCCAUGGUGGACAGAGAUCCAUGACGGCCGGCAGGUUAUCCUCAUCCUCCUCCCUCUCCCCGGAUCAUCCUCUGAGCCGGGAGCACUCAGUCCUCGGGCAUCCCCACGCUCAGAUCUCUCUACCUCCCCAGGGAUACCACCAUAGCUCCCCACAGGGCUACUCCUCCUAUCCUCAGCCUUCCUCCAUGCAGUACCAAGAGGCCCUGAUGAUCUCCAGCGGAGACUGCUUGCCGGAGGAGCCGAAGCCCAAACGAGGUCGGCGCUCCUGGCCGAGGAAAAGAGUUGCCACACACACAUGUGACUAUGUUGGCUGUGGGAAAACAUAUACAAAGAGCUCGCACCUAAAAGCACACCACCGCACACACACAGGGGAGAAGCCUUACCACUGCGACUGGGAGGGCUGUGGUUGGAAGUUUGCACGUUCGGAUGAGCUCACACGCCACUACAGGAAACACACGGGCCACCGGCCGUUUCAGUGUCAGAAAUGUGACCGGGCCUUCUCAAGGUCGGACCACCUCGCUCUCCAUAUGAAGAGACACUUAUGAGACAUGGCGAUGGCACGAAGGCUCCAAGAAAAAACAACAACAACAACAACAACAACAACAGUAUAUUUUAGAAGAACCUUGAACAAACUUGUGAGCUACGCUUUUUCGAAACCAUAAUUUGCCUUCAAGCCGUUGUCAAGCAACAAGACAAGCUGUGGUGUUCACGGCAAAAAAAAAAAAAGAGCCCAGAAUUUCUCUCGAGACUGAUCCCGUCUUCGCACAUUUUGUAGGUGACUCGACGAGACCUCUCAGUCAGGGUUGUAAACUUUUAUGAAAGGGACCAAACUGGAAUUUGUCUUAUUUAACUGACAAGACUUGGAGGACCAGGUGCCAACAGCUUUUAACUGGAAAUGUAUUUUUGUCAGGGAAACCAGGAGCAACAGACAAACAUCUCCAGAGGCCUUCUACCAGCAACAUGCUAAUAAAGGCACUGUUAACAACCACACACUGUUCAAAAUACUGUAUUAAUAAAUACAUCUAUAUUUAUACACACAUUUCACCUGCAAUGCCAUUAAUUUCAGGUACAAUGUUAAUUUAUACAGAAUGGUGCUGAGUGACUCUGAUGAAGGUUUUUUAAAGAAAGGUACCAAAGAUAGAGGACAAUA